CAUGAAGAAAGUUGAAAGGAUUCAAGCAAUGGAUGAAAACUAUCUUGAAUCGGAUGUGGAUGGAAAAAAUUCUUGUUUGGAUUCAAUAGAGAAAUCAAUUGAAAAUUUUGCAAUGAAAAAGGAUAAUAUGGCUUUAGAAUUUGAUAGAUUACAAUUUAAAAUGAAAAGAAAUUAUUUGAGAAUUUACAGAUUAAGAGAGUUUGCUGAUGUUUGUCAAGAAUUGGCCGAAAGAAACCUUUUUAAAGAUUUUAUUGAGAGUAUUACUUAUUUCGUCGCUCAUGUAGUUGACUAUGUAAAACAAGAGCCAAAAUUUUCAAGUUUCAAUAGAAGUGUACAUGGAUUAAAGAUGUUUUUAACAACGAACGAUUAUCUAAACAAAGAAGAGGAUAUAUCUUAUUACAUGUUUCGUUUGAAUAUUAUGCAAAGAUUUGGAUUAGAUGAAUCAAGUAUUCUAUUUGUAUACUUUCUAUGCGAAUUGAUAACUUGGGCAAAAGUCUUCCAACGAACGCAAUCUGAAUUGGAUGAUAAAGAGAAAACAACAGUCAUCAGAUGGUUGAAAGUCUCUAAAGAUCGUUUGAAUUCUAUCGAAUAUGAAAAAUUUCAUAAUUUUAUUGCAAUAGCCGAAAACUACCUUAGAAGAGAAUGGAACGUAAAGAAGGAAACCUACUCUGAAAUUAGAAUGGAAGACUCGUGGAAUCGUCAUAAAGAAGAAGAACUAGAAUAUUGCAUUACAAAGUUACACUCCAUGGCCGGUGCUGCAAACUAG